GAAGGAGUCACACAUACCUGAUGUCUACCCACACAAAGACAUCACCUCUUCUUCAAACUGAAUCGGUGUAGACGCUGGUUUCUUAUGACUUCCCAUAUGUUCCCCAGUACCCUUGGAUCCCGGAGGAAUCUCCCUUCCCAUCAUGUUAGUUGACCAAUCGACUACCCUCUCUCUCUCUCUCUCUCUCUCUCUCUCUCUCUCUCUCUCACUCUCUUCGAGCUCCCCUCUUGAUUCUCGAACGGCCCCCUAGUCGAAGACUUCGUCUGGCGUCUGGCGGCAGUUGGGAGCGAGACGUCGACACGAUAUACGACGAGUAUUUUUGUCCCGAAUUUAUUGAAUUCCGGAAUGCAAUUUAAUUUUUCAUUAACGUGUUUCUCAUGUUAUUGUAUAUAGACAGUUUUAUGAAGUUAAAAACCUGCAGUCUCUUGAUAUAAAUAAUUAUCGCGACUAUCGGGUUAAACGAGGUAAGGUUUGGAGAACGAGAAUGUGCCGGCUGAUGUAAAGGUGACGCACGAAGGUAGAGAAAGAUCGAUGAAUCCAAAAAGCAAAAAGUUGAUCAUAUUCGGCUUAAAGACUGUCAAAUUUACGUCAUCAUUAUGUUCACAAAAAACAAGUGACGAUGAACGAUAAUUUGUAUGUGUUUGCGGGCGAUCGCUCAAUGCACAAGGAAUCGCGAGAAUUGUAAGAUCGAAGUACAUCGAGCUUGCUUCCAGCUUCAUUCUUCCCAUUCAGGCACGUCGCAUUCAUCCGGCGCAGCGGCGGCAACAGCAGCCGAAGAAGAAAACAUAGUGGGUACUACAUAGUGAUCAUCAAUGCAUUCUUCCUGAUUCCGAGGUGGACCAGCUAAAGAUAAGAACGAAAAGGAACUACGAGAUGACGUGAUACGCCAAUGGAAGAGGAAUGCCGGCGUAUUAACGCGGAUCCGUUCCUCUUCCUUUGAUAACGGAGGUCGUCGUCGAGUGUCACGGGAUGCGACCCGGGCACCCCGGGAUGUCUUCUGGACGGAUUCGAAAGGCUGAUCUCUCGACCAAGCUGAUCACGAUCGAUUCAUUUCUCUAUAUUUUUUCUUUCCUGUUUCAGAUUUGGUCCUCAGAGGAAGAGGACACGGUUAAAUUCACAGAAGAAGAUACGGAGAUUCAACAAUUCAGUAUCGUCCAGUAUUGAUUGGAAAGACAUCUCGGGAAAACCAACAGGAUGACAACGAGACAAAGUUGUGGCGGCAGUUCAUCAAAAUGCGCGAAGCGUGCCUUCGUCUUCGUGUUCGCCUGGGGACUGUUGAUGAUCGCGGCAGUACAGUUUCGUCACUUGGAAAAUAGAGUUUUGCGUCAGGACAGUGGUCCUACGGCCGAGGACAGCAUCAGUAACCUGGUGGAGGUCGGUAGCAUCAACAACGAUCGAGAUGCGAAUCAAGAUUCUUCAGGAAGCUUGAGUCUAUCUCGAAUUCUCUUGGAAAGGUCUUCACUGAGCGAUUUCACCAAUAUUGGCGGCGGUAACGGCGCUGUGUUGACCACUCUAACUACUCUUAAAAACCAUUUGGAAGCGACGAUAAAUCCGCUCGAGUUGGAACCGUUGCUAGAUAAAAGACCUGCCAAGACCGAACAGCAAUUAAUCGAGGAGAUCGCCGAAAGAAUACCGAGCUUACCACUGAGCGAUUGGUCUAAAAAUAGCAAACUGACAAAACGAAGCAAUGAGAGCUGCGCCAAAUACCCACAGAUCUACGAUUUAGAAUUCAAUAACAUCUAUUGGCAAACGCUGCGAACUAAUAAUGGCACGUUUCAAUUUUUCGGUGCGUUUUACGACAAUCGGAAAUUAUCCAAGAUUGGGCCGGCAAUAAGGAUCGUUGGUAUGAUCGAUCGAAUUGAACCAAUCGUGAAGACAUAUUGUCAAUUAUGGUACGAAGGCGAGAAUGAGCCCAAGAUUGUCGAGACGCUCGAAUAUAAGUAUAUAUGGUAUCCUAAAUGGGGCAAUUACAAGCAGGGCAUUUAUCAGCCAUACGUGAUAGCAUGUAGGGUGCCACCACAAGCGCACGGUAAGCCACCGUCGUCCGUCUCCAUAGUGGAGAAGCGUUGCGACACGGCCACCAAUCAUCUCCGCGUAAUUUAUAACAAGCCCGAACGUAAAAAGGACUUUGCAGUGUGCGUAAAAGGGCUGGACUUUCUGCAUGAGGAUCUGUCGGUUCGACUGGUUGAAUGGAUCGAGCUGAUCAACCUGUUGGGUGCUGACAAAAUCUACUUUUAUGAGCUGCAGGUACACCCGAACGUAACCAAGGUGCUGCGGCAUUAUCAGCGUCUGGGUAUGGUACAUGUGACCCCAUUAACCCUGCCGGGCGGACAGCCUAACGUGCCUGCCUUCCAGCACAUGUAUCUCACGAAGAAAACCAAUCACAAACGGCAAAAUGAACUAAUACCUUACAACGAUUGUUUGUAUAAGCAUAUGUAUGAAUACGAGUAUAUCGCACUGUUGGACGUCGACGAAGUGAUUAUGCCCGUGAAGGACGCGACCUGGCAAGAGCUGAUGCGCCGGGUAUUGCCCAAGGCCCUACAAAUACGGAAUGAGACCCGUGCCUCGUACAACGUCAGAAACGUCUACUUCCUCGACGACCUACUGCACUCUCAUGGUUACUUCAAGGACAUACCCAAGUAUAUGCAUAUGCUUCAACACGUGUACCGAUCGAAGAACUUUACGAAACCAAAUCAAUACAUCAAGUGUUUCCAUAAUCCAGAACGAGUGGUCACUCUGCACAAUCAUUUUCCCUUGGCAUGUCUGGGUGCUGGAUGCACUAGUUAUCCCAUCGAGACUGAGGAUGCGCAGCUGCAGCAUUAUCGCGCCGAUUGCGUGCGAUCGUUAAAGAAAACAUGCGUGGAAUAUCGGGAGAAUAGUGUGGUAGACACGACGAUAUGGCGUUAUAGGGAUAAGCUGAUCAACAGAGUCACCGACACUCUGAAAACUCUCGGCUUCUUCGGGUCGAGAUAGCGUCAGAGAUUGAUCUCCCUUUUUUUUACUUUCAUUUCUCUCUCUCUCUCUCUCUCAUUCGAUCGGUUGAGAAGCGAUGAAUCUAUCAGCGGGAGGUAAUUGCCGGUGGGACUUGAUCAGAGAUUUAAUUGAACAGAUAAUAGGGAUUGGUAACCGAUAGAGUUGAUUCAUUUUUAGUGACAGCGUAAUAUUGCGUCUUUUAUCUUUAUGUGUUGUUGCGUGAGAAGAGCGUGGAUCGAUAACCUUUGUCUGAUGAUAGUGCUGUCAGUAUAUACAUAUAUAUAUAUAUAUAUAAGUACAUAGGCCGUGUCUUGAGUGACAAAAUAUUCUCAGCCUUAUUAAAUAAGGUUAUCAAUCAAGAAUAUUAUUGACACCGGAACAAUUGAUCGUUUGUGUGAGAAUUAAUUUAAUAUAGAAUUCAUUAUAUCGCCUAAAGUAAAGUAGCGUAUAUAAAAAACGGGAUUUAAUUUUUUAAGGUUUUUAAGC